CAACAGUCUGAAGCAGAAAAAAGUGGGAAAGCACAAGAAACCCCUUUAGCAAAUAAAUCACAGCUUCUGGUUUACACGAAACCAUGGUAACAAGCGCCACCCCAUCAACUAAGGUUCAUCAGUGGGUGGAGCCUACGUCAAGAAAAGCUCGGUGUUGAAAAACGUUCGGAUACUAAUGCAUGACUAUCUUCUGUUUUGUGUAAUUAGGCAUAAUGCCAACUUUAUUACAUUUCUGUUAAUCUCAUGGACGUAUUGUUUAUUUGUUUCUGACCAAUAACUCAUUAACGGUAAUCACUAAUAUUUAUCUGAACGUCUCACUCAUUGAAGACCCCUUGUUAAGUUCUAAGUGUUAAGAAUGAUACUGGUAGCCUAGACACAAAGUUUUAGCUAAAGGACCUGUUCUGCAACCCAUAGAGCAAGAUGGACGCCUUUAUUUGCCUAAAUUCUUCUUAUUUGCCAUUUUAAUGUAGUCAAAUGGAUGGGACUUCCCACGUCAUGAUUCCAGAUGACCCACCAACUAAGUGAGACCUUGAGCUUCUUGGCUUAUCCUAAUGAGGAAGGAAGAACGUUGUCCCACCCACUGACUACAUUAAAAUGGCAAAAGUAGGCUAAUCGAUUGCAAUGUCCAAAACAAUGGCAGGUUAAAAAGGAUUGAGCCAGAGCGACUUGCCCUGGAUUAACCUAAUAGUUUAAUUGAGUUAGGGAGACAAACGUAAUUGUCCAGCAAAUUCUGAAACAAAAAUACUUACCUUUGUUCUUGUGUAGUGUUGAACAUAUAGUGUUAAUAAGCACAGAUAGACUUUCGAAUUAAUUGCUUGGCAACAAUUUGAACGGAAACAGUAAGCCUGGGACACAUUUUAAGGACCGUGUACUUACUAACCAUGGUGGCCCAGAGAUUUGUAUGUUGCGUGCUGCCCGAGUGUAGCUGUUUAGAAUGGCCAUAACUCGGUUGAUCCGACUACACGCCACAACACCCACCUAAUGGGAGCAAACGUGCCAAAGACGUUUGAAGAACGUUUUUGGGAGAAGUGUCAUUCAGUACAAACUGAACUGAACGCACCCUUCCUUAUCAGUGUAAUGGAGCGCACCUGGUGCGGUGUGGGGUUGAUUCAGGCACGUAUGAUAACCAUGUCGUAGUUUUAUGUUCAGAAGAGAGAGAAGAUUCCUGAAUUGAUCUAUCUUUUUGGGUGUUUUUUUCCGGGAAAAACCUUUCAGCUGUUCUUCAGCACGUCUGCAAGAUGCGCAUGUUCUCCCGCCGCCACAACCUUCCCUUUAAGCUUGCCAUUCUAGCGGGCUCCAUAUUCUUGGUCCUGUGUCUCGUCAUGCUGUACGAUGUAGGGGGCGGGACUUCACCGGAACCAUGGCUCCGGGAGCUGUCUGAGAAACAGUCACAUCUGAUGGGUGUGGUCAGAGGUGCCGCGUCGAACAUGGGCUUCCAGAUCGGUGCCCCCCUUCCGCCUCCCUCGAACCCUGGGACUAACCCCAUUGGUCGUCACUGCCCACCUGGGUUCUACAGCUGGGAGGAGCUGCAACCACACUUGGAGAGGCCCCCACAGGACCCUUUGGGGCCCGGGGCCUAUGGCAAACCAUUUGUGUGGGGCGUGAUGUCCCCUGCAGAGAUUAAAGAAAAGCAGGAUGGGCUGGCCAAAAAUGUUUUCAAUCAAUUUGCCAGCGAUCGUAUCUCCCUUCACCGAAGCCUGGGCAAUGACACACGCCACCCAGAUUGUCUAGGUCAACGGUUCUGGCGGUGCCCUCCCCUCCCCACAACCAGUGUUAUCAUCGUGUUCCACAACGAGGCCUGGUCAACCCUCCUGCGGACAGUUUACAGCAUCCUGCACACCUCUCCAGCCUUCCUGCUCAGAGAGAUCAUACUGGUGGAUGAUGCCAGCACCGAUGAACAUCUGAAAUCCCGCCUUGAUGAGUAUGUCCUGCAGCUGAAGAUUGUGCGAGUGCUGCGGCAGUGGGAGAGGAAAGGGUUAAUAACAGCCAGGCUACUGGGGGCGCAGGCGGCUCAAGGGGAGAUCCUCACAUUCCUGGAUGCACACUGUGAGUGUUUAGAUGGCUGGCUGCAACCCCUUCUGGCCCGAAUAGUAGAGGAACCUACUGCAGUGGUCAGCCCUGAAAUCGUUGUCAUUGACCAGAACAAUCUGAAGUUUGUUAAACCCACUGGCCGCGCCCGGAACCGUGGAAACUUUGACUGGAACCUCACCUUUGGAUGGGAGCUGAUCCCUGAGAAAUACCAAAAGCAACGCAAGAACGAAACGUAUCCUGUCAGGACUCCUACGUUUGCUGGUGGGCUGUUCUCCAUCUCUAAGGCAUACUUUGAGCACAUUGGGACCUAUGAUGACAAAAUGGAGAUCUGGGGAGGUGAGAAUGUGGAGAUGUCCUUCAGGGUCUGGCAGUGUGGAGGCCAGCUGGAGAUCAUCCCAUGUUCAGUGAACUCAUAUGGUGACAUCUCUGAACGCCUCAAACUGAAAGAGAAGUUAGGCUGCAAAAACUUUACAUGGUACUUGCGCAACAUUUACCCCGAAGCCUAUGUUCCAGACCUCACCCCCGUCAAAUUUGGAGCGGUAAAUCUCCAGAACAUUGGCUCUAAGACCUGCCUGGAUGUGGGAGAGAAGAAUACAGGUGGCAAACCAGUUAUCUUGUAUGUGUGCCACAAUAGUGGAGGAAACCAGUACUUUGAGUACACAUCCCACCAGGAACUUCGGCACAACAUCGGUAAGCAGCUUUGUCUGCAUGCGACUCCCGGGGCUGUGCUGGUAUCCAUCGAGCUCUGCAGCCUUAAGGGCUUAGGAACUGUGGUGGCCCCGGAGCAAGUCUGGCAUUUCACACUGGGUUCACUCUUGAAGAAUCCUUCUUCUGACAAAUGCUUGACAAUAGAUGGAAGUAAAGUCGUGAUGAGUGACUGUGAUUCAGCCAGUCAAAAACAACAAUGGAUCUUCAGCUGACCAGCAGGAUCCAGGGAGUGAGAUGGAUCUCUUCAUCAUGCAUUCAAAUUUGAAACCCUUUAUACCACAUUUAUAAAUGGAAUGUGGUUCACUGCACUGUUUGAAUAUUUUUAUAUACAUAUUAUUUAAGAACUUUGUGUAUAUUCUUCAUUGAUUUAAAGGAGUUGAAGUUUGAUCUUUGAAAGGUAUUUUGUAGAUAAUCAGAUUAGAAGACUUUCUGUUUUGCACUUUUCACCUUUUUUUAUGAACCAUUCACCAGCUUCAAGUUUUUACUUGUACUUUGUAUGGUACUGUAAGACCCUAGAGUCAAGUGUUGAGUAAAUUCCUGAACAAUUCAAAGAAUAUUGUUACAAUCCUUGCUAUGAGCCACAAAUUCCAAUUUGGCAAUGUAGUAGUGGAUUGUUUGUUUGCAUAGGGUGUUCUUUUAUAAAGCCAGUGAGCAUAAGUGGGGAGAAUAUGAUAUUCCUAUCCUAUUCCUUUUAUUUACCUUGAUUUUCCUCCUGAAAUGAAUUCUGUUCUCCCAAAUUAAGUGUUUUCAGAUAAGAAAUUAAGAUUAUCUCCAUAUCAGAAAAUGAACAUAUCACAUAUUUAUAAUUCAAAUGUCAUUGUAAAGCUGGAGCGUGCUGUAGACUCAAGUUUGUGUGUACCAGCUAAAUUAUUUUAAAGAUGAAGCAUGUGAUGAUAUUUGACCAUCCUGCACUUAGUUAACACAAUGAGACAAGAACUCUUGAAAUUGGGAGGCCAGUCCAAAACAAGAAAACAUAUGAUUUCCACUUCAGGGUUGGCCUCUUGUUUGUCUUUGUAUAGAAUUCACUUGUAUUCCCCCCAAUAGGAAGAGCACAUUAUGAGUUUCCAACAUGUGAACUAAAUAGUUAUUCCCUUUAUGGUGUAUUUUUCAUUAAAGCCAUAGUUUUUAACCAGGGGGUCCCAGAUCUUUAUAUUUCGUGGACUACCAAAUAUCAUAACAUCUUGAAGACCACUACUAGUGGAGUUACAAACAUAUUUUACAUGGCAUUCUAGAUCAUUUCAAUUAAAGUAAUAAAGGAUUGGUUUUACAAACCAUGUAAACUUUCGUUUAUACCAUGAAUUAUUGGCCAUAUGGCAAAAUACAUGAAUAGCAACUGA